AAGAGGAGCAACCUGGACAGAAUCUGGCGCCCUGACCGGGACUAGAACCCAGGGUGCCGGCGCUGCAGGUGGAGGAUUAGCCUAGUGAGCUGGGGCACAGGCCUCCUCAUUGUCUUUUAAAGUAAUUUACACAUAAUAGCCAAUGGUAAAAUGACAAUUGGGGCUUAAAUUUACCUGUAGGAGAAGCAUCUCAGAUAUCAGCACACUGCUGAUCAUUUGAUGAAACUAUCCCUCUGUUUCCUAUAGACUUUUUCAGUUUAUUUCCUGUUCUACUCUCAUAUAUAUAUAUAUAUAUAUAUAGACAGGCAGAGUUAGACAGUGAGAGAGAGAGAGACUGAGAGAAAGGUCUUCCUUUUUCCGUUGGUUCACCGGGGCACCAGGUCCAAUGGAACUCCUCAGGGCCAGCCUGGGGAACUUGGGGCCAAGCGGGAUGAUGAAUGUCAGCAGCAAAGGAAUCACACCAGAGCCAGGAGAUCAGUCAACGCCCAGGGCGCAGCCGGGUUCUCAACUUUAUAGACACAGAAAGGGGGCUGUCCAGGGCACAAGGGAACUGAGCCAACCAGUGGAAAAGUAAGGCAGGACGCGAGCCGGGCACGCCCUCAAGGGCGUAUCACAGCCGAGAGGACACAUACUGUUCAUGAAUACGGAAGUCUCUUGUCAGGCUAGGUACCUCCCCCGGGGGCCAUAUUGGAUUGUUGGAAACGCUGAGUCACUGGGAUGUGGAAGUGCGACAAACUCGAGUAAAGGCUUAGCAGCCUUGUCAAGCGAAGGCUUAGCAACUUUGUUUCCUUUUCGGUCGGAGCCCCCCACAUCAAGUGGCCACUACGGCCAGUGCAUUGCAGCUGGCGCUCUGCGCCAAUCCGAAGCCAGGUGCCAGGUGCUCCUCCUGGUCUCCCAUGCGGGUGCAGGGCCCAAGGACCUGGGCCAUCUUCCACUGCCUUCCCGGGCCACAGCAGAGAGCUGGAGUGGAAGAGGAGCAACCAGGACAGAAUCCGGCUCCCCAACUGGGACUAGAACCCGGUGUGCCGGCGCCGCAGGCAGAGGACUAGCCUAUUGAGUCAUGGCGCUGGCCUACUCUCAUAUUUUCUUAAAGGAAAUUUCUUUUCUUUCCAUUUAGUCAAUCCAAAUUUAUUGCAAUGAGAGCUAUUUGCUGGAAUUUAUAUUAUAUAUAACUUACAUCCAAUGACUUGACACAAUCUAUGUAAUUUUUGUGUGGUAUAAAAUGCAGCCAUAUUGACCCAACAACAACCUGGAAUCUUUUAAAUUCUUUCCAGAGAGUCUGAUUUCCAUACUUUCAAUACUGCUACACAGGUUGGAGGGAUGCUUAGAAGAAAAGGAUAGGGGAUUUAAAUAUCUUUUAAUAGUAUCUUUUUCCUCCUGUCUUUUGGAAAUGUUAUACCCUUUGAGAGGCUUCACUGUGUCUAGAUAUACCUCAAAAUUGGGUGCUUUGUUUAGUGUUGUGAAGCCAACAAUGAAACCAAAGCUGAUCAUGAACAACAUAUCAUUGAUAAAUGGCCAAAGAAUGGAGAAGCAGUAUCCUAGCUCAUAAACCAGCUUCUCCAGCUGAGGGCCAAGGAGUCAUAAACAGAACACAGCAAGAAUGAGAAGAAAUUUGUUAAUAUGUGGAAGGAGUGUUCGCAGUUUUUCUGGGUGUAGGGAAGCUUCUUGGGCAAUCAGGUAGCCUAUGCCUUCUUGUCCUUUUGUGAUCUCAUCCAGUGAAUGCCAACUGUCAUGGUGCUGCUGGGAGUGUCACUUGACAUGGAAAUUAGAUGAUAAUAAAAUUUGAGAACUUCUAAAGGUGAUUCAAAUAAUUAUAAUGCAUCAGGCUGGUCCUGGCCUUUAGCCUGAUGAAUACUUGUUGAUUGCAAGGCAUCCUCUUCUGAAAGAGAAACAAGAUUGGUGUGAAAACUUAACUAUGCUGUGUGUCCAUUGCCCUAGGUAACAGAUAUAUUAAACCAGACUGAGGGUUGGAAUUAAGGGCUAGGCAGAAGAAAGUCUCAUCCAUCCUAAUCUUCAGCUUUUCUAGGAGCCAGUAAUCAGAGUCUGGCUGUAUCUGAUGUAGGCAGGGAAGUAACAAGGGGGCGUUGAGGACUGCACCACCCAAAUUCCACCCCUUCCUUGCAAAUCCAUUAUGGCUGAAGACUCAGCACACUACUCCUCAUCAGGCAUAUGAGCUUCAUACACAACUUGCAGCACGCACCAUGAGAAUGCUAGAUUCUAAUACGUGGUCUGCAGGUACACAUGCACCAGAAGCCAUGGCACUCCUAGAGAUCAUUCGGUGCACUUCAGUCCUGUGCCAAACUCUGUUUCCUUUGAAUAUUUAAUUAGGCACUGAUCUGGGCAGCCCCACUGUCCUAUCAAAGGAAGACUAUAAAUCUUGUAAAUUGCAGCACUCAUUUUCUCCUGAGAUUGCUCACACUCAUCUCUGAGUGUAUGUCUUCCUUUUGUUUUGGCUUCCCUACUUCCUUUUAUCUAGUUCUCCUCCUUGAGUUCUUUCACCUGUGGAGGCAAAGUGCCUAUGGUAAGUCUAGCAAGGGGUCUCUCUCUCUCCACCUGCAAUCCCCCGCCCCCCGGCAUGUUCUGUUCACUCACACUCUUCAUAGACUUGCCACUCAGUUCUGGCAUCUUGCUGGUUUGUGACAUUUUGCCUUUGCCUGGUUCCAUCUCAUGUUGGAAAUGAAGUGUGUGAUGAUCAUCACUUGUUUAUCUACUUACAUUCUCUCCUGGGUAUUUAUAACAUUUUUAUGAUUACCAAAAAAUGACUUUUUGGACCCCAAUCCUGGUGGUGGUUCCAUUGAAAUCCCUUUGGGGGAAUUUGAAAGGCAUAAACUCAAAGUCAGGGCUUGAGCAGUUGGGUGACUGGUGGUACUAAUAACAGAAUAUAAAGAAUGGUUGAGAAAAACAGGUGUAGAGGGGAAUGUUGAGUUCCCAAGGAGCAAGUCAAUGUUAUUUUACAAAAAAUUUAGAAGUUAUUUAUCAAAGAUUUACAUAAGUCAUAUGAACUGAAAGGCAUUUGGGCUAAUUUCUUUUUUUUUUUUAAGAUUUAUUUUAUUUAUUUGAAAGACAGAGUUACAGUGUGAGGUAGAGACAGAGAGAGAGGUCUUCCAUCCACUGGUUCACUCCCCAGAUGGCCGCAAUGGCCAGAGCUGUGCCGAUCUGAAGCCAGGAGCCAGGAGCUUCCACCGGUUCUCCCACGUGGGUGCAGUUGGGCUAAUUUCAUAGGUUUAAUUUAUAUGAGCCGGCGCCGUGGCUCAAUAGGCUAAUCCUCCACCUUGCGGCGCCGGCACACCGGGUUCUAGUCCCGGUUGGGGCGCCGGAUUCUGUCCCGGUUGCCCCUCUUCCAGGCCAGCUCUCUGCUAUGGCCAGGGAGUGCAGUGGAGGAUGGCCCAGGUGCUUGGGCCCUGCACCCCAUGGGAGACCAGGAAAAGCACCUGGCUCCUGGCUCCUGCCAGGAUCAGCGCGGUGCGCCGGCUGCAGCGGCGGCCAUUGGAGGGUGAACCAGCGGCAAAAGGAAGACCUUUCUCUCUCUGUCUCUCUCUCUCACUGUCCACUCUGCCUGUCAAAAAAAAAAAAAAAAAAAAAAAAAAAAUUUAUGUGAGUACUCGCUUAUCAGUCAAUUAAACAGAGCUCCUGAGGGAUUUCUUUUACUAUGGGACAAAAUAUUCAAUAUGCAUUAACAUAUAAGACAUACCUAGUAUAUAUUAUGAAACAAAAAACAAAAUAGUUUCUGUUACAGGCUGUUGCAUAUUUCUUGUGAUUCCUGUUCUGCACAUCAACUGUACCAAUAGGUUUACACUGGGUAAUUCACAGGGAAUUACAAUGAUUUCAGAAGAUCACUGGGAGCCUCUGGGAGACUCCAUUCUUUAAAAUUCAAAAAUGCAUAGCCUUCUCAUUCCACCACAAAUGCAUAUGGAGGAAAUGCAGUGUUCCAGUCUUUCCAUGGGUUUGUUGGAGAAGAACUGCCCCUCACAACUAGUUGUAACUGUUUCUAUAGAAUCCCCAAACCUGGGUCUGUUCAGCAGAUGCACAGAAAACCUAACACUGAUAUUUGGGGGUGGGGAGGAGUGGAUAGAUGUAGGUAUUUAUUGCAAAGUCUAGAGCAAGGAACUGGGUAGUUAUUGCUUAAUUCCAAGGUUUCCAAAGAAGUUAGGGGUGUAGGUGCUUACACAUUGAAAUUGGGGCUAAGAGCCAUAGGUUAAGCUCAUUUCUAAUUUCCUGGGUGGUCAGUAGUGCUCAUGGCCUUUCUUUGAAUGUUUAGUGAUGCCUUGCUCCUUGGUGAAUGUUUAUUAUGACCGAUCGGGCUUCAGAUAUUCUGUGUGUUACAUGUAAGUGGCAGUAACUUUACGCUCCAAACCUGGAAUUUACCUUCCUGGAUCUGGAAUUCCAUUGAACAAACCCCUCACGACAAUAUUGACCAUAAUGGUUUUAUCUAUUAGAGAAGUAAUUGAUUUCUUGAGUCUGGUGAAACGUUGGGCAAGCUGUAUCACUCCCUCAACUCAAUUCAGUGCAUUCCUUUUGAUAAAGAAUAGGCAGCUGAGAGGCUGCGUACUGCCUUUACAUUAUGGGUGUUCUCUCUUAAUCUCUUCUAUUUCUUUUAUUCCUCAACUCUGAAGAAAUAGGGACAUUGACUGCUAUUUAUGGGGGCAAAAUGUAGUUUUUCAGGAAUACGCGAAAGGAUGUUGUCAAGAAAGUUUUUAGUCCCAAGCUUAGCUGUGAAGAUCCUCUGCUUUGUGAUAGUUUGGCAGAGCCAAUUUCCACACAGCUAUAUCUUGUAGAUGAAUAAUUCUUCCACAGCAGCAAUAAAGAAAGAUACUAGCAUCCCUUUACCUAUAAAGAAAACCACAAGAAUUAGUGAUUUUUUUGCCAGAAAAUUGUACGUCCCAAACCAAGGGUAGAGACAUUAAGACAGUAUGGAAUUGGACAUAGCAUUAAUACGGGUGUGCAGCACUUUCACUUUAAGACAUGUUGAAUGUAAUUUGUCAGUGCCUUAAUGAACAAAAUCACAUUUUAUAAUGCUAGCUCCAGAACAAAUACAGAUAGCAAGUGAUCGUGCCAGUGAAAGACAUACAUUCUAUCUAUGAAGCAACUUUGGGAAAUCGUAGACUUUUUUUUCAUAUUCCUUGAAUCCAAUGGAGGGGCAAAAUAUAUCUUCCCUCUCUGUCCCAGGAAAAACGAAGGCCACCAAAAUUUCUCUUUUUCAUAUUUAGUGUGAGUGCUUUCUCUCUCUUUUUUUUUCAAAUAUUUAUUUAUUUGAAAGACAGAGUUACACAGAGAUAGAAGGAGAGGCAGAGAGAAAGAGAGGUCUUCCAUCCACUGGUUCACUCCCAGUUGGCUGCAAAGGCUGAGCUGGGCCAACCUGAAGCCAGGAGCCAGGAGCUUCUUCCAGGUCUCCCACAUGGGUGCAGGGGUCCAAGGACUCAGGCCAUAUCAGAGAGCUGGAUGGAAAGUGGAGCAGCUGGGUCUUGAACCGGUGCCAUAUGGGAUUCUGGCACUACAGAUGGUGGCUUAACCCACUAUGCCACAGUGCUGGCCCCACUUACUCUCUUAAUAUCCCUAAGGCCUAAAGCCUGGUGAGGGUUUUGAAUUCAGCCUUCAAGUCCAAGAUAUGGAUUGCAAUGCCAUUGCUACCAAAUAUUCCUGUAUAUCCAACCUUGUUUUUUUUUUUUUUUGCUUGUGAAGUUGUUCUCAUCCAUCAAUGUUUUAGAUUGCAGUCCUAAGGGGACAUUGGUCAGAUCCAGCCUGUGGGAUGCCUUGCUAAUAAUGUAUAAUGUAUAAUGUAUAGAUUUCCCAGAGGCACCUUGGGGAAAUGUGACUGAAUUAAAAGAUGAAACAGUUUUAGAGUAGCAAUUGAGUUAUCAAGUAAUAUGGCUCAUUAUCUGCUAAAUAUCCUUAAGUGAGCCGGUAACACCCAGUUUACAGCACACACACAUUGAGCUGCGUGCAUGUGGUAGGCUGCCCACAGUGAACUACUCUGUCUCCUGGAGUACAUCACAAGUAGGUAUUAUUGCCAGACAAAUCAGCCAACCCUGGGUGGCAGUGACCAGAUGUGACAGCAUCAGUCAUUUCAUUUUUCCCAAUUUUUGAAUCAUUAUACCCAGUCCUAAUCCUUGCUUCUCAGCACUUCACUGUGGGUGCUGUAUAUAGAUUUUAGCAUUAAGGUGAGAAUGCCAGUAUUGUGCCUAGUUGGCUGUUCUAUUUUGAAUUGUGGGCACUCUCUAGAGGAUAUAAUUCUAGCAGAGUCCUGAGACAGCUACUAUUAGACAAUCAUGCUUAAGAACCCCCUCUACUUCUUGUUGACAUCAAUGACUCCAUCUUGACUUUUAUUCACUCCUUGUGAUCAUGAUCUAUUUUCAAAAUUACAGCUGAUUGAUCGAUCAUGCUCUAUUUGUCCCUGAUUGCUUGGUUAAUUUGACUGCAUUGUUGAUCCAGUACCACAUUAGUAGAGAAGCAUUUGGUACCCAGGAGUCUGUCAAUAUCCUUUCAGUCACAUUGGAGAAACAAAGUGGUUUCAGAAGGACUGUUCCUUAGGCUAAAUUUACUGGGAGUCUAUUAUUAACCCUAGGUAGAUCUGUUCUGUAGAUAGAAGUCAUCAUCCCAAAGUGCCAAGCCAGCAUCAUCUUCUUGGGAGGUGUACUUCUGUAGGAUUCUCACAGGGCUCAAGAGAAAAUCAUAUAACAAAGCACAAAAUAUAACAAGUUAAUUUUUCCUUUAAAAAGCAAUGAGCAGAUUUACAAGCUAAUAAUAGACAUACUAUGAUUGACUAUUCACAUAAAUACAACAGGGAAGAUUGACUAAUCAGAGCCAGUAAACCCCCAAUGUUUAUAUGAUUAAAAACAAUGAAAAAUAGGACUGAUUAUUUUCAUUAAGUACAUACAUUGUCUCAGAUUUAGAAACUCUUAAAGUGAAAGAAAUAAAAGGCAGAGUUCACUUUUUAAAAAAUAUAGUGUCUAAUCUUUUGAAGUUUUAGGACAUACUAAAAAGAUUUUUCUCACAUCCUUUGGGGGAGUGGUCAGGGUCUCUGUUAUCUUCCUGAUAACAUGAGUUAAUAAAUUAUCCUAUUAAUCACUGAGGAAAAAUCAGGAAAUUAUCUUGUCUGGCAGUUAAGAACUAUCUUUCUGUAGCUGAUGUCAGCGCCUGCUGCUUGUAGUGAUUUAGAGUACUUUCUUUUUCUUUUUCUUUCUUUCUUUCUUUCUUUCUUUCUUUUUUUUUUUGACAGGCAGAGUUAGACAGUGAGAGAGAAAGAGACAGAGAGAAAGGUCUUCCUUCCAUUGGUUCACCCCCCAAAUGGCUGCUAUGGCCAGCACUAGGCCGAUCCAAAGCCAGGAGCCAGAUGCUUCCUCCUGGUCUCCCAUGCGGGUGCAGGGCCCAAGGACCUGAGCCAUCCUCCACUGCCUUCCCAGGCCACAGCAGAGAGCUGGACUGGAAGAGGAGCAACCGGGACAAAACCAGCGCUCCGACUGGGACUAGAACCUGGUGUGCCGGCGCCACAGACAGAAGAUUAACCUAGUGAGCCGUGGCACCGGCUAGAGUACUUUCUUGUUUCCUAUCUCUCUGCCUGUCUUUUCUUCUUCCUAACUCCUCACACUCUAACAGCUUGAGUGGGUCCAGUGUGCUGCUAUGAAAAGUUAGCAGUAGGGUGUGUGACAUCAAGUGUGACAGCCCCUUCCUAAAUGGCUCACUGAAAAUGGCUCACUUUUGUCACCAAAAGUCCAGUCCUUGUCAAUGGUGCCAAAAUAGAACAACAAAGAACAAGUUUGAUGAUAAAGAAAAUAUCAAGUUUAUUCUAUCAGUAGAAUGAGGAUUUAGUAGAUGAAUGUCUAAAAAACUACCAUCCUCCUGAGUUAUAACCUUCCAGGAAGUUUAAGGAGCUUAAAAAAGAUGCUGUGCUUGGGAGGACAUAACUAAUAACACAUUAAGAAUUAGAGAAAUGGGCAGAAAUAGGAGAAGAAGGAAAUAAACACUGAAACUCACUGUAGUUCCAAUAACAGCAAUUUUUAUAUUAAAUCUCUAACAUUAUUGUAGUUUCUUGAGACAUACUGAAAGAGAACUGAAAGUCUGAUCUUAACAUUGGCAGAACAGAACAGCACAUUCUGCAUGGACAAUUAGCUACAAAACAUCAUUUGGCAGGCAUCCGCAAGAGGAAAUGCAUUAUGUUCAGAGAUUCCAGUGUUUCAUUAACCAUAAUGACGUCUUUGUCCCCUGAAGUCUCUGACUAGUAAGGUUUAUUGUGCCCCUGGUCAAAUGCAUCCUAUUACACCCUGAAACAAAAAGACAGCAUGUUACAUUCCCAGGGGUGGAUGUGCACAUAAGUCCAGAUAAGAAACACCAGGAUACCUGUAGCUGGGCAAAAUGUGGGCAAUGCUGUUGUUGUGGUGUCCUUGGGAAUGACUGAGCAAACUGUGUUAGUAAAUUUAGGAAUGACUAGUGGGAAUAAUUCCUGUGGACUUCGAGGUGUGGAUACUUACCUUACUUGCCUGGUACUUGGCCCUGGAGUGAUAAUGCAUAGGAAACAUUGGCCCUGAGUGUGAGCCUGACGGGGGUGGUCUGUGUGGGCCUUGGGUUGGUUGAUUUGUGUGUGAAAUGUGCACUUGAUGUUGAGUCCUUUACUACUUCAAGGAUCUGGCCAGUAUUGCUAUGACAGUCUUCCCAGAGUCAGCAAGAGCCCAGAAGUCACAGCACCAGAAUUACAGAAAAUAAAUGGGAAUGAUCAAUAAAGGCAGCUUUUGUGUUCUGGGUCUACUAUUUGGGCUACUUUAAGAAAUUCUCAAAUGCCCCAAGACCCUCUGCACGUAUUUAUGAUAUUAAAAUUGGGAAUUUUUAUUCAAAAUAUUAACAAAUUGUAUUUCUUACUUCUCUGAUUUAUGGUGAAAAUUCAUGCCAAGUCACUGAUGUUGAAGUGCAGCCCCUAUCCUCAAAGCCUUUGAUGUAGACUUUAUCAGACCCCAGCAUCUCUUCCUCAGCUUGCAGCUCCUUGGUAUUUUCUUUGAUGGUUACAAACCACUGCUUUGUUACAGACUAACUCACUACAUUAAGGGAGUAGUACAAGGGUAAGACCUGGAGUCAUAAGAUUCCAAGUCCCCAAGGACUCAGGGAACAUCAAUAAUUAACGUUUCAAUGCUAGCUUUUAUCUGCUUUUAAAUUUUUUUUUAAAAAUUUAUUUAUGUAAAUGUAACAAAUUUCCUAUGUAAGUUUUUAAAAAAUAUUUAUUUAUUUAUUUGAAAGGUAGAAUCACAGAGAGACAGAGGCAGAGAGAAAGAGAGAGGUCUUCCAUCCACUGGUUCACACCCCAAGUGGCCACAAUGGCCAGAGCUGGGCCAAUCCAAAGCCAGGAGCCAGGAGCCUCUUCUGGAUCUCCCACGUGAGUGCAGGCGCCCAAACACUUGGACCAUCUUCUUCUGCUUUCCCAGAGAGCUGGAUUGGAAGUGGAGCAGACAGGACUUGAACUGGUACCCAUAUGGAAUGCCAGCACUGCAGGAGGCAGCUUUACCCACUAUGUCACAGCUCCGGACCCAUAUAUAAGUUUUAAGAGCAAAAUGAUACUUCCCAAUCUACCCCCUACUUCCCUUCCUCCUUCUUGUUAACUUUACUGGAAUUUGCUAGCAUUGAACAAAGUAGCAGCAAAUCAGCUAGCAGACAACCCAUCUUUGCUAUUUUAAAAGAAACACACCGAGGCUGGCAUCCUGGAGUAGCAGGUAAAGCCACUCCCUGUGAUGCCACCAUCCCAUAUGGGCACUUGUUACAUUUCUGGCUGCUCCACUUCCCAUCCAGCUCCCUGCUAAUGGCCUGGGAAAAGCAGGGGAAGAUGACUCAAGUGCUUGGGUCUCUGCCACCCAUGUGUUAGUGGCGGCCAUCUGGGGAGUGAACCAGCUGAUGGAAGAUUUAUAUUCUCUCUCUCUCUCUCUCUCUCUUUCUCUCUCUCUCUCUCUGUCUCCUCGUCACUCUUUCUGUAACUCUGGCUUUCAAAAUAAAUAAGUAAAUCUGAAACAAACAUCUCAAUGAAUCUACUCUCUUUGGUCAAGAAUGGGGAAGUGUCAGGUCUUGGACAAGGAUGCAGUGGUAACGUCUACCCUUCUCAGCUCCUUCUGCCUCACUCGUUGUUCUCCCUGAGCCCUGGAGCUCACACCAUCGCUGUCCUCAGAGACACAUGGGCAGACAGACAGUGCCAAUAGCCCAGCUGUAGCCCCUGCUGCCACACCCACAGCCCUGGAUGCAUGCAGCCUUCUCUAUUUCUCUCUUUCCCCCCAAAACUGUCUCCUCUUUCUCUCUCUGUAACUCUACCUUUCAAAUAAAUAAGUCUAAAACAUAAUAGAAACACACUGACUUCUUUCACUGACAAAUCACCCAAGGGCAAGAGCUUAUCUGGCACUGCUCAACUCCAUAUUUAUGAAGCUCUGCCUGUAAUCUCUGAAAAACCUCAGGAAUUGAGUGAUAGUUACAUGACUCCUCGCUAUUAUUUUCUUCCAGCAUGCCAAUAGCCAUAAUUACCUUGCUGGGCAAUGGACUAGAGGACUCAGUUUGGGAAAAUCCUAUUGAUAUGGGAUACACAAGGUGUCAUGAUGUUUCCUGGGAGUCUUUUGGUAGGUAUGGUUGACUCAUACAUUGGACAUCACACAGUAAAUGAAAUGAGGUUCACACAUACAGUAAGUAUAAGCAGCAAAGAUAUAUUAAUGCAACAAAGUAUACUUCACGAAGUGAAUGGGAGGGGACCAAGUAAGACAAUUUUAGUUUCAGUGAGGAAAAGAGGAAGUUCAGGGGGUUUUAAAGCAUUUUCCUGAAUUUUCCUCUUUCUUGCCUACUUUCUUGCUUGCCUCAGUUUCUCUGUCUUGCAGCUUUGGGCUUCUAAUUCCACCCCAUCUAUGGCCACUCAAUAGUCACUUUCCCAUGAUGCACCUGUGUCUCCUCCAACAUGAGGUUGUAAUAAUGAAUAACUGUAUGUUGAAUUCCACAGAGAUGCCAUAAAGACCUUCCCAGAGAUCAGCACACACACUGAGCCCUACCCAUACUCUAUCCCAUUUGUAUAGUCAAUUAAGGCACUGCCAAAUAAAGGGGACAGCCAAACCAGGAUGCAUGUGUUUUCUCCUCAUGGCAGGCGUCUCCUCAUGGGUCUGUUUAUAUUCAGUUUUGAAUGUGUACUCCCGUUGAAUAAGUCCCCCUCCAACUCUUGCACUCUAUCUAUGUCUCUGAAUUCUUAUCUCUUGGGGAGGCAAGAACCUGGAAUGAACACAGUUGGAGGCACUGUCUCCACUACACUGUAGCAGUGUCUUUUAGAUUCAGUGAAGGUGUAGGUUUAGAUUAUUUGCUGUCAUUUCCUUGAUGAGUUGGGACAUUUUCUGACAGGAUUAGGAGAAAUAUGCUACUUUUAUCCCAUCAUUUAAAUAACAGAAUUAUCAUUUAUUCCAUUUUAUUAAUCUUACUUUUGUACUUCCAUUUUUUCUUUUAGCAUUUAGAUUCAAUUCAACAUACCUUGGUUUCUAGAAUCUGUGAGGGCUGGGAGGGCAAAAGGUUUUUGAAUAAAAUUAUAGGAAAUUCUGAAUGUAGUUCAUUAAUUGAGUUGUCAACAGGGGAAAUGGGGUGAAGAUGUGUGGGAAUUUUUUGUAUUACUAUUUCAUAAUUUUUGUGUGGUAACAUUGAAAGUAUUCUGAAAUAAAAUGUUAAAGAAAGUCCAUUAUCAUGAGAUAAUUAUAUUAAGGAGAGUGGCAUGUGUUGUGGGGAACACUAUUAAUGUCUUCCAAGUCCACUGUCAUUCUCUGCAUUCCACUGAACUUUUGGACAGAUUAAAUGGGGCUAUUGUAAGGAUUCUGGUCACAUGGAUUAUACAGGCUCUCUCUAGUUCCUUAAUUAUGGCUGUCAUUUCUUUGAAGCCCCUUCAGCAAGCUCUAUUGCUGAUGGAGUAGUAACAGUUCAGGGCUCGAUUUAUCAUGCACCAAUAUACAUGGAAAUCUCUGGUAUUGGUGUCUAAAUUUUGUAUGGUAUACAACCCCAGAUGCAUUGAGGAUAUGUAUACCAGAAAUAUCCAAGGAGGCUUUUCUGAUUGGCAAAUACAAAACCACCAGUUCUACUCUAAGGGUUUGGCCACUAUAUCCAUCUGUUGCUCAUGUAUUUCCCCACAACUGAUUUGGAUUUUUGUAAAUUGGAAUAAUUCCAAACUGUAUCUACUACAGAAAACAGAGAUUGUUUAUCUGGGACCAGUGAAUAGUGUCACAUGUGGCCCAUUGCCACUUUCAAUGGUCUGCCCGAAGGGGAUACACUGGACACUGUCCUCAGCCAGGGACAUCAGAAGAAUCCACCCCAGUCCCUCACUCUAACAGUAGGAGCAUAAGGAGGACCUGAAUGCCCUUGAUCCUUUGAACUAUUUGUCCUUAGGAGGGACCUUACACAACGAAACACAAGAUCCUGCCAUAGCUGUUUCCAGAACAACCUCAUAUACCCUUUUCAAAUUUCUCACUUCGUUGUUUAUCCUACUUUUUAUUUUGACAGGCAGAGUGGACAGAGAGACAGAGAAACAGAGAGAAAGGUCUUCCUUUACUGUUGGUUCACCCUCCAAUGGCCACUGCGGCCAGUGCACCAUGCUGAUCCGAAGCCAGGAGCCAGGUGCUUCUCCUGGUCUCCCAUGCAGGUGCAGGGCCCAAGGACCUGGGCCAUCCUCCACUGCACUCCCAGGCCACAGCAGAGAGCUGGCCUGGAAGAGGGGCAACCGGGACAAAAUCUGGUGCCCCAACCGGGACUAGAACCCGGUGUACUGGCGCCGCAGGCAGAGGAUUAGCCUAUUGAGCCGCGGCACCGGCCUAUCCUACUUUUUAUUUGCACUGUGUCAUGGCUUCUCAGUCUCACCAAAGUCAGAAAUCAUUGAUGCCAGCAUCAGGCUGAGGCCAUUUACAAACUUAAUUCUAAUCAAGAUGCUGAGGCUAACUGGAUAAUGUGCUCUUUCAUUUCUACCAUAAAGAGUUCUUCAUGGGGGCCAUGAAAAUUGAGAAAUAGAUUUCAUGUCUCAUUCCAAAUUCUCCCCACAUCAAAUCUUGUACCUCUUCCUUAGAUGUCCAUCUUUAACGCCGGGAGGUAAAAUCACCCUUGUUUGGUCAAGUUAGGUAUCUGACAGCCUGAUCCCAGUCUGUCAGGCUGACUAGAAAGCGUCAGUUCUCCCUGAAUGCAAUAGCUUAUUCAGGGUGGGCUGAGUAGUGCACGACUCUGAUUUUGACAUCUCUGUGGUAUCUAGCAUGCUUCCAUCACAUGUAGUGUCCUCCAGCUGCAGUAACCAUGCAGAGAUGCUAACCCUGCCUUUUUGUUUAAAGUGGCUACUCUGAUCUAAAUUCCCUCCUAGUAAUCUUUUGGCUUCUCAGAGUAUCUUCUCAAUCAUUAGGUGAUGUGGUAGCCUACAUCUUGGUUUAAAUAAGAGGCUCAUCUGCUAAACCAGGUAGUUUCUCAAUCGUCCUUCUCCACUCUCUGUGAGACUAAAGUUCCUUUCUCAUAGAAGUCACAUUCUUGUGGAUUCCACCAUGCGGGGCACCAGUGUCCUCCAGCUAUUACAGUCCAGGCAUGGAAAUGGGAAAUACAAUUUUCUUACACCUACACAGCCCAACAGACCAUAACAUCUAAAUUUCCCUUCUGUUUUUGGAUUUUAUGCAUCACUAGGACAGAAUUGACAGGGCAUGCUUGUCCUUGUGCUCAGUGCCACUUGCAUAUUCUGCAGCUUUCCACCAGCUUGAAGCACCCAAUCUAUGCUCUUCCUUAGGGCAGGUAGCAAUGGAACUGCCACAGCGCAACAGCAGCUGUGCUGCCCUUCUGUUUUCCUUCCCCAUGGAUCCUGGCUUCUGUAAUGAACUCUAACAGACUUCUUGCUGUUUUCCAGGUGUCCCUAAAUUAUGUACCAAAUCCCCCUACGCUGAGGUUUGCAGAUCAACCUAAGCACACACUCCAUGUGCUUUCCCCCAUCAUAUUCUUUUGCAGAUACAUUUUAAGACUUUGUCUCCUGACUUCUCGGUUGUCUGAGUGUUUCUGGGAUAUAUAAUUGUCUCCAAACUGAGAAGGAACACUGAUACCAAAGGAGAAAUCCCCAUACAAGUGUUGUCUUUGGGCAGCUUACCGAUGGCAUUCCAGUCUAAGAUGAUAGACAUUCUAGUUAGAAGCUGAGGUUAUGCAGGAAAAAGGUUUUAUACACUUUACUGAUUCAAUAGAAUGAUGGACAGGCGGUUGAUUUACAACAGUCCUUCAUGUAUGAUCCAGGAGACAGCACUUCAUGCAUCCGGGUUAUCUUCCUGACCUUUUCAGGAAGACUUGUGGUAGCAGUCAAGUUUCAUGUACUGAAAUAACAGUGGGGAGAAAAAAGAAUGUGGGCUGAAAGGGUAUUUCAAAAUCUGAAAAUCAGUGGCUAUCCAGUCACAUACUUCCCCAAGAGGACAGACAAAAAUAUGUUCACUCAAAUCUACUUAAAUGUUCAAAGCAGCAUUAUGCUAGGAAAAAGUAGAAAGAAACCAAGUGUGCAUUAGCUGACAAAAGGAUAAUAGAAAGUGGCAUAUCCUCACAAUGGACUAUUAUGUGGCUAUAAGAAGGACUGGAGCAUGGAUACAUGCUUCAGUAAGAGUGACCUUGGAAAAUAUGAUGCUCCGUGAAGAAGAUAGUCACACACCCCCAACAUUGUGCAAUUUCAUUCUUGUGAAAAAUUCCAAAUAGUGAAAUCUAUACAACCAGAAAGCAAACUUGGUUACCAGGGACUGUAAGGAUGAUGAAAGGACCAGUGGCCACCAAUGGCAAACGGAUUCAUCCAGGGGAUGAAAAUGCCCUGAAAUUAACUGCUGAUGUUUGUACAAUCUUGUGACUAUACCAAAUACCACUGAACUUUACACCUUGAAGGGGUGAAUUUUAUGGAGUUGAAUUUUAAUCCAGUAUUUAAAAGACAGUGAAUGAAAAUUCUUUACAUUUAAAAAAGAUUUAAGCAUAUAUUUGAGAGUUAGAGCUAUAGAUACAUAACACACACCCACAGAGAGAGAGAGAGAGAGAAAUAGAGAGAGGGAGGGAGGGAGAAAGAGAGAAAAAGAGAGAUCUUACAUCCAUUAGCUCAGUCCCCAAAUGGCAGCAAUGGCUAUAGUUGAGCCAGACCAAAGCCAAGAGUCAGGAGUUCCAUCCUGGUUUCCUACAUGUGUGCAGGGCUCACGUCUUCCGCUGUUUUUCUCAGACGAUUAGCUGGGAGCUGGAUUCGAAGUGGAGCAACCAGGAUACAAACCAGCUUUGGUGGUCAGGGCUAUUUGGAGUAAAGCAGCAGAUGGAAGAUCUCUCUCCUCCCCCUUCCUCCUUCUCUCUCUUUUUGUAACUCUGCCUUUCAAAUAAGUAAAAUCAAUCUUGGGCUGGCGCCACGGCUCAAUAGGCUAAUCUUCCACCUGCGGCGCCGGCACUCCGGGUUCUAGUCCCGGUUGGGGUGCUGGAUUCUGUCCCGGUUGCCCCUCUUCCAGGCCAGCUUUCUGCUGUGGCCUGGGAGUGCGGUGGAGGAUGGCCCAAGUACUUGGGCCCUGCACCCCAUGGGAGACCAGGAGAAGUACCUGGCUCCUGGCUUCAGAUCAGCAUGGUGCACCGGCCGCAGUGGCCAUUGGAGGGUGAACCAACGGCAAAGGAAGACCUUUCUCCCUGUCUCUCUCUCUCACUGUCCACUCUGCCUGUCAAAAAAAAUCAACCUUAAAAAAAUUGUUCAUAUUUGCAGCUGCAUGAUUAUCUAUGUAGAUAAGACCAAGAAACACAUAAACUUCUAGAGUUAAUAUGUGAGUUCACCAAGGUCACAGAGUACAAAAUCAACAUAGAAAACCUAAUCCUAUUCUAUAGAUGAAAAACAAGCAUGUCCAAAUAGGAACUAAAUAUCUAAUACCAUUUCAUAUUGCUCAAAAGAAAAUGAAAUACAUAGUUUAAAAACAUAACAAAGCAUGAACAGAAUCUGUAUGUUCAAAAAUCAAGAAUUCUGAAGCAAGAAUUAAAAGAAGAUGUAAAUAAAUCAAGAGUCAGAUCAUGUUCAUGGAUUAGAAGAUGUCACUUCUUUACAUUUGAUCUGUAUGUCUAAUGCAACUCCCAUAAAAAUUACAGUGUGGUUUUCGGUAGAUUUAGACAAGUUUAUUCUACAUUUUCUAUGGAAAGGCACAACUCAUAGGGCAGUUUUUUUUUUUUUUUAAUUUUGACAAAGAAGAAUUAUGCCAUAUGUCUAAAAAGCCAACCUUGAGAAAGUCAUAAUAGUGCAUUGCUUACAAUCUAAGAAUGAGGACAAGGUAGAUAAUCUACAACACUUUCAAGGAGCUUGUGGUUCAAGAAGGAAACAGGAGAACAUUAUACCACAAUAUUCUCUGAGGACUCAUUCCAGAUUUACGUUUUCUUGUUUCAAGUUGGAAAGGAAUUGGAAAGGUGUCCAGGAGAUCAUCAAAAGGUUUCUCUUUUGGGCACAGGAACUGAAAUACAUAAUUUGAAACUGGAUCCAUCACUUGUCCAUUAAAAUCUCUGAUUCUCCCUGCUCUUAUCUCAAUCAAUGCCAGCAGCAAGUUACUUAGUCUGAACACAGCGGUCAUCCCAGAGUGUUUUCUCUGGGCUACAGACCCCAUGGGAUUAUCAAGUGCUACCACUUUCACCCCACUAGACUUUGAAUCACAACCUGCUCUUAUUUCCACCACAGUUUCCACAACAAACACCCUCAUUCAGGAAUCUCCAGGUCUAUGGGAUGACGUGUUUGUCUCCCAUUUAGAUUCAACCUCCCAUCAAGUCAUCUGUAUGAAACUACAACCAGAAUUACUUUCUGCUUGAUAUCAUUUAAUGGUCUCACCCACCUCCCCAUUGAUUUUUGGAAAGAGAGUGAGUUACUUGGCACUGCGCCCACAGCAAUGGCCACCUAUGAUCUGCCUCCUGCCAGGCUCCUGCUACUUCACACCUCCAGACUUCCAAAGUAUUUCCAUGCACGUUCCAUGCUGUGUAGACAUUUUCAAGCUAAUCCGAAGACAAUUCUCACUCUUGUCAAGACUCAAUUCGGGAAAACUGCCAUACUCCUGAGCAGCCUGUGUCCCCCUCCUGUACCCUCAGUGUUCUCUGUUGAACUUUAAUGUAGCAUUAACAAACCCAUUGAAUCUGUUUAAUUGUGUGCACAGCUGACAAUUAUUUCUAGUCAGAAAUGCUGUAUCUGGACAUAAUGGGCACUGGGUUAAGGUGCAGAACCUGAGGCAUCAGGACUUCUUGCUCUCAGGUACACUGCAGCUGGGUCCUCCGCUUCUUCUCCUCCCACUGAUUUGUGAGUUCUGAGCCAGCUGGCAAUGCACAGUCAUUUCAGGAGAUCCAAGGACCAGAUGAUAAGGCAAGGAAGAACUGUCUCCUUUCCCAGAACUCAAGGGCACUUGCACUGUGUCUGGUAGUGCUCUGGCUUAUUAGAGCUCUGGACAGCUCUGGGACUGGAGCACUACAACCUUUCCGCGGCACCACAGGAGGCUUCUGGACUCAAGGCGCUGGGCUGUGGAGGCUGCGGCCAGGCUGGGACGCUGCAGCGGCAGACCCAGGACACUGGUGCUGGCUGCUGUGUGAGGAUUUCCCCCUGGUUAUCCCUGCAUAGCACAGAAGUGAGUCGCCAAGGCCAUGUGGACUCCAGGACCCAGAGCUGCGUUUGGGGCUGCUGAAAGGGGCUGGAGCAGCGCACGCCGUGGGGUCCUCAGUCUCAGCAUCAUGGGCUUUCGGCACUUCCUCAGCCGCUGCCUCUCCUGGAGCAGGAUCCUGGCCAUCUUUUUCCUGCCAUUUAUCUCAUCAGGUCUUGCUUCUCCCUCGAAGCUGAGAGAGACCGUUCCGUCCCAAACAGCACAUCCGCCGGAGCCCAGGUACAAUUGGUCUCAUUUGACCCCUCUCGAGCUGAAGAACCGAUCUGUGGGACUUGGCACUGGGAGCACAGUGACGGGUCAUGCACACUUCACUCUGAAUGGUCACAAGUUCCGGAUCUUCGGGGGCUCCAUCCACUACUUCCGGGUGCCCAGGGAGUACUGGAGGGACCGCUUGCUGAAGCUGAAGGCCUGUGGCCUCAACACUGUCACCACGUACAUUCCCUGGAACCUCCAUGAGCCAGAAAGAGGCAAAUUUGAAUUUUCUGGGAACCUGGACCUGGAGGCCUUUGUGCUGAUGGCUUGGGAGAUGGGGCUGUGGGUGAUUCUGCGUCCAGGCCCCUACAUCUGUGCUGAGAUCGACCUUGGUGGCUUGCCCAGCUGGCUACUGCAGGACUACAAGUCUCGAAUGAGGACGACAGACAAAGGCUUUGUUGAAGCAGUGGACAGGUAUUUUGAUCAUCUGGUUCCCAGAAUGGCUCCUCUCCAGUACCGCCAGGGAGGUCCUGUCAUUGCAUUCCAAGUGGAGAAUGAAUAUGGUGCAUUUAAUAUGGACAAACACUACAUGCCUUAUCUCCAAGAGGCUCUGUUGAAAAGAGGGGUUGUGGAGCUGCUUUUGACCUCUGAUGUACCGACUGAGCUGCCAAAAGGCUACAUCAAAGGAGUACUGGCGACCAUCAAUAUGAGAAAAUAUUUUAAGGAUAUUCCUAAACGGCUGUAUAGAGUGCAGGGAAAUAAGCCCAUUCUGAUUAUGGAAUAUUGGAUUGGCUGGUUUGACUGCUGGGGUUUAGGGCCACACCAAUUUACAAACGUACGUGAUGUUGAACGUACUGUGUCUCAGUUUAUCAAAUAUAACAUAUCCUUCAAUGCAUACAUGUUCCACGGUGGGACCAACUUCGGUUUCAUGAACGGGGCUGUACUUAAUGGGAUACACAGGAGUGUUGUCACCAGCUAUGACUAUGAUGCUGCGCUGACAGAGGCCGGCGAUUACACAGAAAAGUAUUUCAUACUUCGAAAAAUCCUUGGAUCCAUCUCAGAAAUUCCCCUGCCGCCGCUACCUGACCCUACUCCUAAAUCCGUGUAUCCUGAUGUGAGUCUGUUCCACUACUUGCCACUGUGGGAAGUCCUACAGUACCUACAUGCACCAGUGAAGAUGAGUGUUCCAGUCAGCAUGGAAAAUCUUCCUAUAAACAAUGGAAGUGGACAGUCCUUUGGACUCAUUCUUUAUGAGACUCCCAUCUGCUCUGGAGGCUGUCUCCAUGCUCAUGCUGAAGAUAUGGCCCAGGUGUUUCUAAAUGACUCAGUGUUAGGAAUCUUAAAUGAGAACAUUCGGAAUGUGCACAUUCCUGCAUUCAAGGGCUGCCAACCUCUGAGGAUCCUCGUGGAGAACCAAGGACGAUUGGUUUUUAGACAAAAAAUGCUUUAUGAGCGCAAAGGGUUAACUGACUCCGUUAGCCUCAAUAAGGUGACCCUGAAGGGCUAUACCAUCUACUCCCUGGACAUGAAAAUGGACUUCUUUGACAGGCUGCGCUCUGCCACCUGGAGGCCCAUCACAGGGAGUUAUGAGGGCCCUGCCUUCUACAGGGGAACCUUGAGAGCUGGCCCUUCUCCCAAAGACACCUUCCUGAGCCUACCGGACUGGAAUUACGGAUUUGUAUUCAUCAACGGCAGGAAUCUUGGGAGAUACUGGAGUAUUGGGCCUCAGAAAACACUUUAUCUUCCUGGGGUCUGGCUUCACCCAGAAGACAAUGAGAUCAUUGUGUUUGAGAAAAUUAUGAAUGGUUUAUUCAUCCGGUUUACUGAUGAGCCCAAGCUGUAAGACUACGUUUUAAAACAUUUUUGUGGUGCCGGCUCUGUGAUGUCACAGGUUAAUCCUCUGCCUGCAGCGCUGGCAUCUCAUAUGAGAGCCAGUUUGAGUCCUGGCUGCUCUUUGUUCAGUUCAGCUCCCUUCCAAUGGCCUGGGAAAGCAGUGAGAGAUGGCUCAGGGGUUGGGCCCCUGCCUCCACAUGGGAGACCCAGAAGAUUCUGGUUCCUGGCUUCAGAUCAGCCCAGCUGCAUCUAUUGCUAUUGCGACCAUCUGUGGAAUGAACCAGUGGAUGGAAGAUCUCUGUCUCUCUCUCUCUCCAUCUGUAAUUCUGCAUAUCAAAUAAAUAAAUAAAUCUUUAAUAAAGCUGUUUCUUGCAUUGUUGAACUUCAACUAUCAGAACUUUUUCAGAAAGAAGUUUAAUCUAAGAAUAUCCAAAACAGCAUUGUAUAUGAUAUCAAAAAUGUGAAAGUAACUUUAAAAUGGUAUUUUAGGUGUAUUUCAUGUUGCUUCUUCUAAUUUUAGGUUUUAGUUUUUAAAACAUCUUCAAAAUCUUCCCUGAUUGAUUUAUCAAGUUAACCACUUAUUGUUUAGCAUGUGCUUAUUCUCUAAUGCAAUGUGCCUUUACGUAGAUAUGAAUAAAAUUAGACUGUAAACUGGGAAAAUGGUAAGGGUCUCUCAAAUAUUUGAGACUAAAGAUACUUUCCUUAGAGUGCCAGAGAAUAGAUUACAUUUCCUGAAUGGAAAAUGUCAGGCUAUAUAUAUAUGUGUGUGUGUGUGUGUGUGUGCGCGCACGUGCGUGUGCGUGUGUGUGUAGGAGCAAGGGAAGUCAAGGGGCAAUGGACAAUGUCCUUAGGCAUCUCCCUGAACUGUAUGUAAAGUGCCUGAUGAGUCAAACCCAGUCAGAGAAGAAAGAAAUUUAGUUGUUUCAGGCAUAACAAGGACUAACAUGGGAACUUCUGUGACUUUGACUCCUUGGCUAUCAGGGUAUACUCAAGGAGUCAAGGCUAUUACUUAUAGUUGGCAGAUAUUCAUGAUAUUAGCCAACUUGUUUCCAUAAACCAUUCUCAAGUGGCACAAUUAGAGGCCAAUUAUAUAAACAAAACAGAUGGCUGAUAUAUUCAAAUUGUUGGAUGAUAAAGUCUUGUCAUCUUAUUACAUAUGUGUCCUGGAGGCUUCAAGUAAUUUAGUAAACACUUCAAUGAAAAGGGAAGAAGGAGCCUCCUAUUUGGAAUGAAGACAAAAGAGUCAUAUUAUGCUCUCUCCCGUCGGAGCUGGAUGAGUUUGUCACUGAGUGAGAAUCCUGUCAUGUAGCCAUUCAGUUCUUUCUUUGUUCCCCAUGGCUAUGGCCUCUAACUUAGGAGUUCUUGGAAACUCUAAUGUAAGAAAGGAAAAUAGAACUUGCAGAGCUGUUGAUGAAGACUGAGUUAGAGUUCAGAUACAACAUUUGAGUCAUUUGCAUUCCCUGAGAAGACCUGGCACAUCCAAGUUCUUUGCAUCUUGACAAGCCCUUGCUUUAUAGAGCCCUGCAUGUUAGUGGAUGCAAACUGCUGUAUCUUUGUAGUUUUGAUCUGCAUUCCCUUAAAUGUCAUUGCUUAUUCACAUACUUUAAGGAUGUAACAAUGAAGCAAUAUAACUGGAUGUUGAUAUCACAUAAAUAGUCUGAAAAAUAAUGUGCUCACAUCUUUUAUUUCCACGGAAGAAGGCCAUGUCUUUCAGCAGGUGUCAUGGAAAGUAUCUUGUCCUCUGAAGGCAGAACAAUGCAUUUACUCUCAUCAGAUUGAAGAAAAUGAAAAAUACUUGCUUAUAUAGCUUCUAUGUUAUUGUUAUUAUUGUCUGAAAUUAUGUUGUUAAGACUUUUGAAUAAGAUUUUUUAAAAAUAAGAUAUAUGGAUUCUCAUUCAAAGUCUCUUGAUAUAUCAAGUAAAGGGAGAAAAUAGUCUCAAAACACAUUUUAUAUCAUGGAUUUGUUUUAUUUUUUUUGAGCAAUACUAUAUUUUUAAAGAAGAUUUUAUUCAUCUGUUUGAAAGCCAAAAUUACAGAGAAAGAGGGAGAGGCCAAGUGGUUUUCCAUCCACUGGUUCACUCCCCAGAUGGCUGCAAUGACUGGGGCUGAGUCAGGCUGAAACCAGGAACCAGGAGCUUCAUCUGGGUCUUCCUGUGGUUGGUAGGGCCCAAGCUCCUGGGCCAUUUUACACUGAAUUCUCCAGGCCAUUAGCAGGGAAGUAGACUGAAGAAGAGCAGCCUCAACAUGAAUCAGUGCCCAUACGGAAUACUGGAAUCACAGGCUAUGGCUUAAUUUCCUAUGCCACAAGGCUGUCCUCUGAAAAUUUUUUUUAUAAUAUUCUGAAAUUACUUUCAAAAUAAGGAGCUGAAGGUCUUGAAUGAAACAUACAAUAUAUGCAAUUCUCUAGUCACUUUUGGCAUAGCCAAAAUGUUUGUUGUCAAUUGUAAUAGCAUGAUACUGUUGUAUAAGAACAGGCCACCAAAGGUGGAUGGUGCCAUAAAACAGAAGAAAGAGAGUACAUCCAGAUUACAUAGAGGAUAAUUUAUUUGAGGGAGGACAGAUUGUAAACAAUAGCAUGAUAGAAGGUGACCAUAAGACAGACAUGUGUCCAGGUUAAGAGCCAGGAAAAAAAAAGUUUAUAAAAUACUUGCCCUUUAGUUGGCUGGAUUGAACAUGGACAUUUCAAGAAAUAUUACCAAUAAUAGAAGAUAUUUCAGUUUUCAGAGAAGAGACAAUGCAGUUAUCAGACAGGAGUAGAAGGCUAUCUUAAUAAUGUUGUUUAUCCACUGGGCUUGGGAUAUCCCUCAUGUUUACUUGAAGAAUAAUAUGGCAGUUCCUUCAAAAAAGGCCACAAUCCUGUCAGACUGAAUUCUCACAUUCCAUAUCCUUGCAGCUGCUCUUAAAAUCCGAUGUUCUCCCUGCCCAUGAUAUUGUCUGAGAUCGUAUGUGGUCUUUAACAUGUUGAAAUGUCAUCAGACGGUUUUUCUGACUUACAGAUAGAGCUCAUAGCAGCAAUAGAAGUGCAAGCUUGAAGACUCAAAAGAUGAUUAUACAGAUGACAAAACACGUAAGCUUCAUAACUUUGUGCACGAAGGUGAUUCCACUUUAGCAAAGACUUACUUCAAAAGAGUCCAAAUGAAAGAUCGGGAAAAACCUCUUUAGGAAAACCUAUGUAUGAAAAAAUUAAUGUUUAUUAGUUACUAAAAAUGGCAAAUCUGCACUGUCCAACAAGACAAUACUGGUAACAUGCUGCUUAUUCCUGCUAAGCCACACUGUCAGAGAUGGAUAAGGCAAAGACACGGAGGACAGGCUUCCGUGAACAUGUCCAUGUUUAUUCACAAGUAUAUGCAUAAUAAAGGAGCAAUAAAACAGGUGUAACCAAUUCUGGGGAACACUGACCGUAGAGCAGAACGGACACUGGAGCCAAUAUGACUAUCCAAUCAGCUUGAGUGUCACAUAGCUUCCCAGGUGUGCUUAAUGAGCCUGGGUUGCAUCCCGGAGUUCUUUACCUGAUUAGCAGAAGGUGGGGGUGGGGAGAAAUGUGCCUGGGCUCAAGCAACUGCUGAGAUUGCCCACAGUAACAUAUCUGUUAGACAUCAUGUCAGCAGGAGUGGCUUGGAGCUGUUGUGGUUAGGCAUUCUGUACAUGUUGGCCAACACAAUGAGCCCACCAGUGAUUCCUAAACCUAAUAGCAAAAUGCUGUGUCAUACCCAGAGGCUGACUGUAGUGCCCCAAGGUAUUUUGUGUAGCUACUCAAGAAAUAAGGCAUGAAUACCAGCUGAGAGUCAAAUAAACACAGCAGGGACUAAAUUAGGCAGUCCAAGGACUCCUCAUACUGUGAUAAGAAAUAAUCUGAUCCACCUGGGGACGUGAACCAUUUGAGUCCUCUCUGCUGGGCUUGACAUUUAUGGUGUCCAAGCAGAAACAUACACUGUCUGUGUAGCAACUCUGGGAGCACAUGACCUGAAUGAACAACGUGCACAUGAUUAGUAUUUAGAUUUGGAGCCAAAUCAAAACCACGAUGAAGUGUCACCUUUUCCCAGUUGGCAAGGCACUUAUACAGAAAUCAGCAAACAAUCAAUUCUGGCAAGGAUGUAGGGAAAGAUGUACCCUAAUCAACUGUUGGUGGGAAUGUAACUGGCGCAACCAUUGUGGAAGAUAGUAUGGAGAUGCCUCAGAAAUCUGAAUAUAGACCUACCAUAUGACCCAACAAACCCACUUCUGAGAAUUUACCUCAUAGAAAAGAAAUCAGCAUAUGAAAGAGUAAUCUGUAUUCCCAUGGUCAAUGAACUCAAGUCAUAAUAGUAAAGAUAUGGAAUCAACCUAGACAUCCAUCAACUGAUGAAUGUAUAAAGAAAUUCUGAUUAUAUAUAUAUAUAUAUGUAUGUAUGCAUGUGUAUACACACACACGCACACUAUGAAAUAAUGUUCGGUGGAUAUAAGAAAUGAAAUCCUGUCUUUUGCAACAAAAUGGGUGCAACUGGAAAUGUUUAUACUUAGUUAAAUAAGCCAGGUCCUAAAAGAAGAUACCAUACGUUUUUCCUGAUCUUUGGUUACUAAUUGAGUAUGUAAAAUGUGUGUAUUGGAGUGAAAUUGACAUUUUGAGACUUGAUGAUGAUCACUUACAGUCCUUGUCUCUACCAUUGAGGAACAGUGGUUUUUUUCUUCAUAUUACCUGUUGAAGUCUUUACUUAGAGUAGCAUUAAUCUUAAGAGUAAAGAAAAAUGGAAAUAUAUCUUUGUGAAAAUUCAGAGUGGGAAUAGGAGAGGGAGGAGAAAGAAGGCUGGAAGGAUGGGCAGAAUAGGGUCAGGUGGGAAGUAUCACUAUGUUCCUAAAUCUGUAUAUAUGAAAUACAUGAAAUUUGUAUAUCUUAAAUAAAAUGCUUAGAAAUUUGAGUCAUGAAGACAUAGAAAACCUAAACAGACCAGUGACCAAGGCAGAGACUGAACCAGUAAUCAAGACCCUCCUGACAAAGAAAAACCCAGGACUAAUGGCCUCACUGUUGAAUUCUAUCAGACUUUUAAAGAACUAACUCCAAUUCUUCUCAAGAUAUUUAAAACAAUAGAAAAGGAGGGCAUCCUUCCAAACUCUUUCUGUGAAGGCAGCAUCACUUACUUAUAAAACCAGAAAAUGCUACAAUGAAAGAGAACUAUAGAUCAAUAUCACUGAUGAACAUAGAUGCAAAAUAUUAGCUAAUAGAUUCCAGAAAUACAUCAGAAAGAUUGUUCACCUGGGCCAAGUGAGAUUUAUCCCUGGUAUCCAGAGAUGCUUCAAUAUUUGCAAAUAAAUAAAUGUGAUACAUCACAUUAACAAAUUGAGGAAUAAAAGCCAUUUCAUUAUUUCAGUAGAUGUAAAGAAAGCAUUUGAUAAAAUACAAUAUCCUUUUAUGAUAAAAACUUUAAGCAGUGUAUCUAGGCACAUUUAUUAAUACAAGGCAAUUUAUGACAAAUCCACAGCCAGCCUCUUAACGAAUGGGAAAAAUUGGAAGCUUUUCCAUUGAGUUCCAGAACUAAACAAGGAUGCCCACUCUCACCAUUGCUAUUCAAUAUAGUCCUAAGAAGUUUUAGCCAGAGCCAUUAGACAAGAAAAAGAAAUUACAGGGAUACAAAUGGGAAAGGAGAAAGUCAAAUUAUCCAUAUUCAUAAAUGUCAUGAUUCUAUAUCAGGUGAACCAAAAGACUACACUAAGAGACUAUUGGAACUCAUAAAAGUGUUUGGUAAAGAUGCAGGAUAUAAAAUUACACAGAAAAUUCAAUAUCUUUUAAAUACAAAGACAAUGCCAUGGCUCUAUGGUUUAGAAAAAAUUUAUAAGAUCAAUCCCAUUCACAGUAGUUACAAAAAGUAUUAAAUACCUUGGUAUAAAUUUAACCAAGGCCGGCACCGCGGCUCACUAGGCUAAUCCUCCGCCUUGCGGCAUCAGCACACCGGGUUCUAGUCCCGGUCGGGGCGCUGGAUUCUGUGCCGGUUGCCCUUCUUCCAGGCCAGUUCUCUGCUGUGGCCUGGGAGUGCAGUGGAGGAUGGCCCAAGUGAAAAAAAAAAAAGAAAAAUAAAGCAGGAGGGACCACAAUGCCAUAUUUCAAGACAUACUGCAAGGCAACUAUAAUCAAAGUAGUCUGGCAAUCACACAAGAACAGACAUGCACAUCAAUGGAACAGGAUGGAAACUCCAGAAAUCAAUCUACACAUCUACAGCCAACUUAAUUUUGGCAAAGCAGCUAAAAUCAAUCCCUGAAGAAAGGCCAGUCUCUUCAACAAAUAGUGCUGGGAAAACUGGGUCUCCAUAUGCAAAAUAUGAAACAAGACCCCUACCUCACACCUAAUACAAACAUCAACUCAAAAUUAAUCAAUUUCAAAAUCUAUCUCCUGAUACCAUAAAUUUACAAACAUUUGGAAAACUCUGCAAGACAUCAGCAUAUGCAAAUACUUCUUGAAAUAUCCACAGCAGCACAGGAAAUCAAAGCCCAAAUUGAUAAAUGGGAUUACAUCAAGCUGAGAAGCUUAUACACUGCAAAAGAAAUACAGCAAACUGAAGAGACAACUGACAGAAUGGAAGUAAAUAUUUUCAAACUAUGCAAUUGAUAAAGAGUUAAUAUCCAGUUUCUAUAAAGAGCUCAAGAAAUUCAACAACAAACAAUCCAGUUGAGAAAUGAGCAAAGAGCUUGAACAUGCAUUUUUCAAGAGAGGAAACUGAUAUGGAAUCAACCCCAAUGUCCUUUAACUGAUGACUUCAGGAAAAAAUUAUGGUAUACAUUAUGGAGUACUACUCAACUGCAAAAAAAUGAAAUUCAGUCUUUUACAAAAAAAAAUGGAUGGAACUGGAAAUCAUUUUUCUUAGUGAAAUAAACCAGUCUCCAAAACACAGAUAUUAUGUUUACCUGAUCUGAGGUAGGUAAAAAGUACCUAAAAGGUAAUGUAUUGGAGUGAAAUGCCAUUUUGAAAUUCGAUAGUUAUUUACAACCCUUUUCUCUUGUUUUCUUUGUACUUUGUAUAGGGUUAACCUUAUGUUCAUUAAGUAAACUAAAAAUAGAUCUUUGUAAAAAUUAAGAGUGGGAAUAGGAGAGGGAGGAGAAAGAAGGAUUUGAGCAUGAUAGGAGAGAUGGUAGGGUAUGGGAAACAUCAUUAUAUUCAUAAAUUUGUACAUAUGAAAUACUUGAAAUUUGUAUAACUUAAAUUAAAUAAAAAAGAAAGUUAGUUAGUUGGUAGAGUUUUUGAUGUGUUGUCAUAGCUUAUUUCCCCUCACCUCAUAAAGCAUGGUGAUCAUCCAAACACAAAAAAUUAACAAAUGAUAGUGAGGAUGUGGAAAAAAUGGUACUCUAGGACACUGUUUGUGGGAAUGUAAAUUAAUAAAAUAAUUAUGGAAGACAGUAUGGGAUUCCUCAGAAAUCUGAAAAUAGAUCUAACAUAUGACCCAAUCAUUCCACUCUUGGUAAUUUACCCAAAGGAAAUGAAAUCAAUAUAUGAAGCAGUUAUCUGUACACCCAUGCUUAUUGGAGCUCAAUUCACAAUAGCUCAGAUAAAAGCUCAACCCAGAUAUCCAUCAACUUAUGCCUGGACAAAGAUACUUUGCUAUUUGUACAGAAUGGAAUACUAUUCACCAUAAAAAGAAUGAAAUUCUGUGAUUCACAAUAAAAUGGAUUGAAUUGGAAACCAUUAUGCUUACCAAAAUAAGCCAGUCCAAAAAAGUCAAGUAGCAUAUAUUUUCCUUGAUUUGUGGUAAAUACUACACAGAGCACAAAGUGUAAUAUACUUGAUAGAGAUUGACAUUUUAAAAAUUUGAUUAUUGUUCAUAGUUCUUAUCUACACUCCUGAGUGGUUUUUUUACUUUCUUAUUGAAUUCUUUAUUUAAUGAAGGGUUAAGCUUGUGAUUAUAAAGUAAAUUGAAAGUAUUUCAUUGUAAAAAUUGGAAGAAAAAUAAGAAUUGGAGGAGGAGGUGGGAAGCUAGGAUGGGAAGUAUCAAGAUGUUCUUAAAAAUGUAUAUACAAGGGGCAGGCACUGUGGCAUAGUGGCUUUAUCCAUGCUGAAAUCCCAUAUGGGUACAGGUUCAAGUCCCAGGGCUGCUCUACUUCCAAUCCAGCUCUCUGCUAUGGCCUGGGAAAACAGUAGAAGAUGGUCUAAGUUCUUAUUCCCCUGCACCUGUGUAAGAGGCCUGAAAGAAGCUCCUGGCUAAGGAUUGGCCCAGAUCCUGCUGUUGCAACAAUCUGGGGAGUGAACCAGCGGAUGAAAGACCUCUCUGUGUCUGCCUCUGACUCUCUGUAACUCUGCCUUUCAAAUAAAUAAAAUAAACAAACCUUAAAAAAUGUUAAAUGAAAUACAUGAAAUUUGCUUUUUUAUAAACAAAUAGAUAAUAAAUAAUCUGAAGAUGUCAAUAUUAACAUUUAUAAUAUUCUGUCUAUAUAUUAAUUACUGCAAAACAGAAAAUCUGAUAUUUCCCUUUUUGGGUCUGGCGUAUUUUACUAAGGCUAGUGAUCUCCAGAUGCAUCCAUUUGGUUGCACACAUCAGAAUUUCACUCUUUUUUUAUGGCUCAUAUUUCAUCAUGAAUAUAUACCAUAUUUUUAUUUAGUUUUCAGUUGACAGAUAUAUAGGUUAUUUGUAUAUCUUAGAUACUGUGAAUUGAGCUUCUGUAAAUAUGCGAAUACAGGU